UGCUCUUCGAAUGGGUUGCCAUAGCAAUUGAGAAGCGUAUCGUCUUCAUGGCUGUUUGUUUACAGAGGCGUUUUGCUCGCUCCGCCCGCUGGAGCGCUCUGCAGAGAACCUGCGCGGGUUUUUAAUGGAUAUUACAAGGGGAAGCCUGGAUGACAUUUCAAGGCCAGCAUCUAGCUCAAGAAUUAAUCAUGGGAGCAAAGUUUUAAGCACAUCCUUAGAGAUUUUAACACCAGCGCCAAGCCUGCCUAAGGUUGCUUUUUAUAAUGAACACAAAGAACACGAGUCAAAAGAAAAUUAUGAUGAAAAUAGAGAGGAAUAUGGAACCAAAAAAAUGAGAACCUCGGACGUCAUAUCUGAAGAAAAGAUGAAUAGUAGUUACCAGCUGGUAAUACAGAAUACAAAUCAGGUAAAAGAAUAUUCCUCAAGUUCAGCAGAUUCUGAAGAUGACUGGGCUGAAAACAGAUGGUCUUGUAGCAGCAGUGCUCCUCAGAAUGAACCAGCUAGAUUAGCAAAAGUGACAGUCAGUUCUGCAUCCCUGCACGACUCCAAGGAGAAAGAUGUAGAUCCUCGCAUCCUGAAAGCUAUAAAGAAGAUGGAAAGGUUGGACCAGAUAUUGGCCAACAAACAAUCUCAAGAAAGGGCAAUUAAAAAACAAGGCAGGGAAAUGAGAACUAAACUGUGGGAAGAUUUUCAGUCUAUGACAUCUCGUAGUUCUUCCGGGGUUACCGAAGAAGCAGAAAACACCAGCAGAUUUUUAGCUUUGACCACACCGUCACCGGAAAUGCCUGACUCGCCUGCUGCUGAAGAAGAUGAAAUGUUUGUUAGUGUAUUUCACACGCAGAUUCAUCCAGAAAACUAUGGGAAUAAUAGUAGACAAAUGAAACAAGGUGACGAUAAAACAAGAAGCUCAAUAAAGAAAGUGGAAAAGAUGACUAAGAAAAGUGAAACAAACAGUAAAAAAACUGAUUUUGUUAAAAAGAACAUAGAGCUGGCCAAGGAUUCAGUUAACCAAGUAGUUAUGCCAGAGGAAGAUAAGAAGAGGCUGUCAGAAUUGCUGAAAGAUACUGAAGAUGAGAGUAGUGAACUUCAAGUAACUCAGGAAGAAGCAACUACAAUGCUAGCACCAGGUGAAGGUUACACACCUGAGCCAUUGGAAUACCAUCACCUCACUGAAAUCAAUGCCAAACUCAAACUAGUAAUCUCUGAUGGAAAUUUAUCUGCAGAUCAGAAUUCCUGUUCAAUAGUCUCUAAACAGAUUUAUCAGGAUUCUUUGGCUUAUGCAAAUAGAAAGCUGGAAACAAUUCCAGGUGAAAAGGUUUUAAGAGACACGAAAGAAGAACGAGAUCAGCAUAACCGGCUUAAGGAGAUUGACCAGCAGCUGAAAAACCUGGAAGGGACUCCAGAUGUACUGCCUUGUCUCUCAGAAGAGCAGCUUAAUGCCCUUCUGGAAGAAUGUAUGCAAACCCCAAGAAGAGUAAACAGUCUUACCUUGCCAAAAUCUCAGGGAUCCUUUCUUGAACGAACAAGUCUCUGUUGCAACACAGCUAAAGACAUCAUUCCAUCAGAUGAUGCCCAAAGUGUGGAAAAGCUGGCAAACCCAGAAAUGAUGGAUGCUCAAGAUAAUGAUACAUGUUCAAAGGAAAUGAUGGAAACCUCUGACUGUAAUCUCAGCAGAGCACUGGAUGAAUCUCACCUGUUAGAGAAAAAAGAAAAUGAGAAUCAAGAAAGCCAAGAGGAGGAGAUUGUGCAUGCCAGUAGCUCUGAGGACUACUUCAUGUCAAUUGCCCUUAGCACAGAGAGGCUGAAAAAACCUUCUUUUCUUGAUGAACCUUUUUAUUGUGUCAGCACGAACAAUGAGCCAUCCACAGAUGUCAACAUUCCUAGCAUACCAUUGAAAACCAGAGGAGAUGAACUGAAAGAUGAAGACAUGACUGAAGAGUAAUAUGCUGCCACCUUCACUGCAUUGAUGAGAUAAAAGCGCCACUUUCUGCUUUAUUGUGCACUUUGUACCUUCUGGGCACAAAUGCUGUAUAACUGAAUGAAUAUUUUCUAUUUACCUCACUGCUAUGCCUGUGUUAAGGCUACUGCUGUACAGUAAUGACCCACUUUUAAGGUAAUACCAACCAUAAUGUUUUUUGCCACACACUGAUUAAAUGCUAGAACAUUCUUUUAGAAGUGUCAUGAUAUAAAAGUACAUACAAACUGCAAAUAGUACAUCAGGCUGCUUACUUUCCGAAAUAUGGCCCUAAGACCUCUAGAUGUAGACUACAAUAUUAAUCAGAUUGCCCUAAGUUAUCCAGCUUCGUGUUACUGCAGGUUUGGCUGAUGGUCCAUUGAGAAAUAUAGUCACCCAAAAAUCAACUGAUCACAUUAACUGCUAGCUGAAGAGGGGCAUUUUCUGUAACUUAAAAUGAGUUGCCCGAGACACUCAGCACUUCAGGAAUACUUGCAGUCCAUUGUCACUGUGGUCUGCUAUACACUACUUUGGAGAGAACCCUUUCAUUAAAAAAAUAGUCUAGCAGAAGUACAGGGACAUUAAAAACAGAUUCUUUUAUUGUAAGCAUCCUUUUAGCCAACACUGCCCACAGGGUAACACGAAAAACAGAUCUAGAUUCCUCCAAUUUUGCCGAGACCACUCAAGCAUCCAAGGUAUGCCCCUGAAGCUAUUAAUCCUACUGCCUUGUACAUGACAUGACUGCACAAGCUUCACCCAUUGCUGCAUUAGAUCUAGCAAAUUAAAUGGGAUGGGUUGGGCUUCCCUCUUAUUUCCAAGCCUUUAAACAGGCAAAGUUUAAUUAGGUUAUAUAUAUUUAUGGUGGGAUGUGCCUUUCAGCUUUUCUAAUAGUGGAGAAAACAACUUUGUGAUGUUAGCAUUCUAUAUAGCUUUAACUUUUGUCCUUAGCAAAGCAUUUUGCGUGUGUUUGUUUAUGUGAAUCUAAAUUCACUGCCCUCUUGGCCUCAGGACAUCUUGUGUCAUGGAUAUACAUUCCUUGCAAACACACCCUUCAUUGUUCAGCACAUGUUCUGCUUUAAUGCUAAAUAUCUGAAACAUGAGAGUGUCAUGCUGUAGCACUGUGCAGGUUCCUUUAUCUUAACCAGCCUGUAUUUAAUAAAAUAUCACUGUGAUGAUACCAGAGAUCUUUUUCCCCAUUUGGUAGUUAUGCUACUAGC